AUGCUGUAGAUGUUGUCUCCCUCUCUCUUUAAAGGGGAAAAGACAUUGUGAACCAGCUAAAGAUUUGACUGGGGAACCCUCCCUCAGUCUGCUUCAGCCCUGGACKCCCCAUCAUGACUUCAGACUUGAUUUAUCCAAAAUAAUCUCUAGGAUGGGAAAGGAGAUGGAGAUCCAGGCUCAGAUGUCCAUAGAGGAGAGGAAGCAGAUCUCUACAAGGGAGGAGGCCUGGGAGUCUAAAGGUCUGACAGUCUCUUCCUCAGCCAUCAGCCCUAUCCUGUCUCCRGUCUCCACCAAACUCAAGAGCAGUGUGACUGGGUACAAACUUCAGGAGGAAAUGAAGCCAGACCAGAGAUGAACUUGGAGUCGGAUAAAAAGCUGGAUAAAGUGGAGACCUUUUUGGGACGUCUGAACAGUGGAGUGACAGAUCUUCAGGAGACCACUCUGACCGUGACAGAGAAGGCUGUGAAGGAGGUGAUGAGGAUGGACGAUGAGAUCUUCUCCAAGUUCUACCGUCACGUGGCUGACUUCCCAUGCAUGCCCAGCAGGAUCGAGAUCGACGAUGACUUUGAUGCCAUCUUUGGCACUCAGGCACCAAAGUUGACCUCAGCCUUAGCGCAGCACAAACGGGCAGUAAGACCGUCUAGGAACGUCCAGUCGUCUAAGAACCCUCUGAAGAUGCUGGCGGCCAGGGAGGACYUCAGACACGAGUACACUGAGCAGAGACUCAACAUCGGCAUCAUAGAGAGCAAGAGGAUGAAGGAUGAGAAGUUGAAUACUAGUACUCAGAUGUGCUCUGAUACGGCCCUGGCUGGGCUGGCCAGUAAGGAGAACUUAAACAACGUGAGUCUGAGGAGCGUCAACAUCUCCGAGCAGAUGUCCAACAACAGCGCUGUGCCCUACAAGAACCUCAUGUUGAUGCAGGUCAAAGGCCGCCAUCACGUUCAGACCAGACUAGUGGAGCCCAGAGCCUCAGCCCUGAACAGUGGAGACUGUUUCCUGUUGGUUACUCCUCAGCACUGUUUUGUCUGGAUGGGAGAGUUUGCUAACGUUAUAGAGAAAGCCAAAGCCUCUGAGCUGGCCACGUGUAUCCAGACUAAGAGGGACCUGGGCUGCAGAGCGAGCCAGAUCCAGACCAUUGAGGAGGGGGUCAACCCCCAGAACCAUGCAGCCACAGAGUUCUGGAAGACCCUGAGAGGACAGCAGACCUACCAGUCCGCGGGGCCACUUGAGGAAGAUGAGCUGUUUGAGAGUGCCAUCGUGGAGACRAACUGUAUCUUCCGUCUGCUUGAUGAUAAACUGGUUCCCGAUGAUGAUCAGUGGGGGAAGGUUCCACGCAGCACACUACUGGAAUCCAAAGAGGUGCUGGUGUUUGACUUUGGCAGUGAGGUGUAUGUCUGGCACGGUAAGGAAGUGACUCUGGCCCAGAGGAAAGUAGCCUUCCAGRUGGCCAAACACCUGUGGAACGGAACCUUUGACUACACCUGCUGUGACAUCAAUCCUCUGGACCCUGGAGGAUGUAACGCAUGCAUACCCUGGAAGGGCCAGGGGCGUCCUGACUGGGCCAUAUUCGGCAGGCUGACACAGCACAAUGAGACAAUCCUGUUCAAAGAGAAGUUUCUGGACUGGACAGACACUAAGAAACCACAACCAAAGAAUAGCAACCAACAAGUCACUGAGCAGAAGGAUUUGCCAGGGUGCGUGUGCAGGCCGUAUGAUGCAGCGUUGAUGCUCCCUGUACUUCAGACAGCUGUCAGCACGGUGUUGGAUGGGAUGAACGUUGGCCGAGGCCACGGCUCUGUAGAAGGAGAGGACAGGAUGAGGACUCUAGAGAUCASCARGGUGUCUGUAGAUGUCUGGCACAUCCUGGAGUUUGACUACAGCCGGCUGCCCCAGCAGAGUAUAGGCCAGUUCCAUGAGGGAGACGCGUACGUUGUGAAGUGGAAGUACACGGUGAGCGCAGCAGUWGGGAGGAGGCAGAACCCGGAGCUGAGGAGCGCGGGCCCGGUGAAAGAACAGUGCUGCUACUUCUUCUGGCAGGGACGGAACUCCACCGUGAGAGAGAAAGGAACGUCAGCACUGACGACAGUGGAGCUGGAGGAGGAGAGAGGGGCCCAGGUCCAGGUACAGCAGGGGAAGGAGCCUCCUUGUUUCCUGCAGUGUUUCAACGGGGGGAUGAUUAUACACGGUGGGAAGAGAGAGGAGGACGAGGUGAACACACAGACUGAGUGGCGUCUGUACUGCGUGCGGGGGGAGGUCCCUGUAGAGGGACACCUACUGGAGGUGGUCAGUCACUGCAGCAGCCUUCGCUCCAGGAGCUCCAUGAUCCUCCUCAACGUCAACAAGGCCCUCAUUUACCUGUGGCACGGCUGCAAGGCCCAGCAACACACACGGCUGGUGGGCCUCACCGCAGCUCAGAGGAUCAAAGAACAAUGUCCGUUGGAGGCGGGGCUCCACAGCAGCAGUAAGGUGACCAUUACAGAGUGUGACGAGGGAUCAGAGCCCACGGGAUUCUGGGAUGCUGUAGGGAUUAAAGACCGGAAAGGCUACGAUUGUAUGCUGCAAGAUCCGGGUAAAUUCAACUUCACUCCUCGGCUGUUCAAGCUGAGCAGUUCUUCAGGGCAGUUUGUGGCUACAGAGUUCUUCCACCCCUCCAGAGCUCCAGACAUGGUCAGCUCUCUGCCCUUCCUACAGGAGGACCUGUACCGCGCCUCCCAGCCUGCUCUGUUCCUGYUGGAUAACUUCCAUGAYGUGUACCUGUGGCAGGGCUGGUGGCCGCAGGACAGCGAGAACCCCGGUUCCACCAGGAUAAGAUGGGACAUGGACAGGAAGUGUGCCAUGGAAACGGUGCUGCAGUACUGCAAAGAUAAUGAGAAGAAGCCUCAGAAGUCGUAUCUGAUCCAUGCUGGUCUGGAGCCUCUCACCUUCACCAACGUGUUCAAGUGGGAGCACAGAGAGGACAUUGCAGAGAUCACUGAGAGGGAGGUGGAGGUGUGUAACCAGAUCAUCCUGGUGGAAGAUGUGCUGGCCAGGCUGUGCCAGAACACCUAUCCCCUGGCUGAGCUGUUGGCACGCCCACUUCCUGAGGGCGUCGACCCACUCCGUCUGGAGCUCUACCUAUCAGACCAGGACUUUGAGAAAGCGUUGGACAUGAAGAGAGAGGAGUACGAKGGAUUACCAGGGUGGAAGCAAGUCAACUUAAAGAAGGCUAAAGGACUGUUUUAGUGUAAGUUAACCUGACGAUGGUUGUGGAGAGAAGAAGAAAUUCAACAACUCUUGGGGGACAGUGGAAGUUGAUCAAAUGCUUCUUUAUUGUUAAGACCAACGUUUUGGCCUGCGUUUUGCCAUUCAUCAGGUUGGUUGUGGAGAGAAGAGGACACAGAGACCAAUGUAGGCCACCAGGCGGUGUCACCCAUCCAGCCCUUCCCAGCGGUGUGACUGAACACCGCUGGUAGCUGGCAGCACUUUAAAUCGGAGGAUGUGAUCAUUGUUUGGGUGGAAUGGAAUCAAUGGAACCGUAUCAAACACAUGGGUUUUCAGAAGUUUGAUACAAUUUCAUUCACUCCGUUCCAGCCAUUUUUACGUGCGUCCUCCCCUCACCAGCCUCCUCUGCUGAACACACUCUCAGGGACGAUAAGUGGGAGAAGAGGACAGAGGCUGGGUUGGGAUCUGCUACGGUGUGCUAGCCUCAUGUAGCAUCAUGUUUUUUACCUUUUAAUUAUGUAACUAUGUAGGAAAAUGAAAAUCCUGCUUAGCACAUUUUCUCAGUGGCUUAUCAGGAACUGUACAAGCAGGACCUGCUCUUUCUCUCUGUGUGUCUCUUUCUCUUUGUGUCUCUCUCUCUCUCUCUCUCUCUGUGUUUCAUACUGUACUACUGUGUAUGUAGACACUGUACUAAGUUUCCUAGAAGCACUUGCUAUGUCACCACUCCUGCCAUGUGAGUUGAAGAGGACUGUCAGCAACUCUGGGAGGUCAGUGGAAGUUGUUAAAAAUGCUGCUUUAUUGUUGAAAAUAAACUUGUUUAAAACGGCCCGUAGCCUUCAUCAGGGUUUUACACACAGAAAAAUUAAGAUGGCCGACAGAACUCUAUACCAUGGACAUCAUCAAUGACUUCAUCAAUGACAUCAUCAGACACACCGCUGUGGUCUCUGGCAUGGUGGUGUUUGUGAAGUCUUUCAUAGAAUGUGUAUUUACAGAUUCAUAAAGUAUUCAUACCCCAUGACUUAUUCCACAUUUUGUUGUGCCUGAAUUCAUAAUGUAUAAAAUAGAUACUGUUCUCACCCAUCCACACACAAUACCAUACAAUGACAGUGAUUUCAAAUGAAACACACCCCUGAGAAUACUUUGUAGUGGCACCUUUUGCAGCUUUAAAAAAAUAUAUGUUUGUAAACAUUUUGAAAUAAAUCAUUUCACUUUGACAUUAUGGGGUAUUGUGUG